CCUAAAUUAACAUAAUAUUUUAUUCACCUAUGAAUUUCCAAAUUUCUUAUGUGUAAAUUAUAGUCUUACAAUUUUCUUUAUCAUUUUUUUUUUAUCUUUACUGGACUUUAAUACUUUAUAGCAGACUGGAACACUAGAAUCUGGAACAAUAAUAUUUUAUUUUACAGUUGACUGACAACAGUCUUGGCCGAAAGUAUAUGUGGAUUAUUGUCUGCUGUCUUUAUUUGAAAAAUCAAUUGUUAAAUAAUAUUUCAAACUAUGAGUUCGUCAUCAUUGAUAACCUUUUAACAAUGGCAAAAAAAGAACAUCAAGGUGGAGAUUUCACAACAGCCCAAAGAAUAUGUAAAGGUUUAAUUACACAUAAAUCGAGAGAUUUGAAUGUUCUACUGCUUACAGCCAGUGUAUUUUUCAGUAACCAACAUUUUGAUGAAUGUAUUGGCUACUUAGAACAAGCAAAAAGUAUUAACCCCAAAUGUUCCGAAGUUUUAAGGAACUUUGGAUUGGUUUAUAUGAGAAAAUCCCAAAAGGAUUUAGCAAAUGAAUACGCAAUAAGACCAUAUGGUGUGGAUGCACGGCCAGAUUAUGCAGAAAUUUUGUUUGAAACCAACGAUUUAAUUACGGCUGAAGCAUCUUAUAUACGUGCUAUAAGUCUCAAACCCGAAUUACAUGAAGCACGUAAUAAGUAGGUACGGAAAACUACUUUUAAAAUUAAACAUAAUAUAAGAGGCUAAAAUGGAGUUUAAGAUUGCCCACAAAAGCGCAAAAGAAUGUCCAGAAACAUUAAACAAUUUAGCAGAUGUAUAUUAUAAGAGCGGUAAAUUUGGAAAAUCUAUUUUGAAAUAUAAACAACUCUUAGAAACAAACCCCGAUCGGACGAAUGCUUGUUUUCAGUUGGGAAUGGCAUACUUAAAACUUGAAGACUACCAUAAUGCAAGUGAUGCAUUUAAGAAUGCAAUAAUACUCGAUCCCAAAAAUGUAUUAUUUUUAAGAAAACUAGCAGUUACAGUAGAUAUUUACCAAAAAUGUUUGAACCUCAAGCCUGAGGACUUUGAUUUAAAUUUGGAACUCGCUUUAAUGUAUUACAAUAACAUUCAAAAUUAUAAUGAAGCUGUAAUAUAUCUUAAAAAAUGUAGUCAAUUAAAUCCGGGUAGAAUUGACAUAUACAAAAAGCUUUUUGAAACAUACGGAGAAACUAAAGAUCAUUUAAAUGCAUCCGAUGCUUGCAUAUCCAUGGGGAAUUUGUAUCUGGAGAAGGAUGAUUAUAAAAAUGCAAGAAACUCAUUCUGUUGUGCGGUACUUAUGAACCCGAGCAAUGCAUUUGGUCAUUGGAAAAUGGGCCUGACAUUGUAUCAACUGGGACAUGAGGAAUUGGCUUUUAAAAAGUAAUAAUUAUUCAACACAAUUAUAAGUUUAAAAUGUGCUCUAAGCAUUCUCCUAAUAAUCUUUAAAUUGGUAAAAUUUUACGCUUUUCUCUUACUUCAAUGACCUUUUUAAUGUAUAUUAUACAAGUUACAAUAAGAAACAUAUGUGUAGGUAAUAGGUAUGUGACGUUUACUUAAAUCUCAAAACAAAUUUAUAAUAUUUACAUUUACCAUUUAAUAGUGUGCUUAAACUUUAAAAGAAUAUGUAAUGUACAUCUUUUCUUUGGUAAAUUAUUUAAAAUCAGUCAAAUUUAAAACAAUUUAAAAAAAUUAAUUCUUUAUGAACAAUAAUAUACAAUUUUCUUAAGUAUGAAUUAUAGGUUUAAUUCUGUAAUGGACAAUAUAUGUAACAUGGCCUUCUCGAACAAGCCAAAGUAUUUUAUGAAAUGGCAAUCAAGUUAAGUCCAGACGACCAUGACAACGCUCGGUUAAUUUGGCCGAUAUGUCAAUGAAAAAAACGGAUCUUGAUGACGCUAUGACAAACAAUGAAAAGCAAUAGAAUAUGACAAUACACCUGUCAAGUAGAUGUUAAUUUGAUAUUCCACAUCUUCAAACGACAAUAAUUCAUCCUGGUAAUAUUUGGUACCUUUAGACCUGUUUUUUUUUUUAUAAAUUACAAUACAAUUAUUAUUAUUUAGGUAAUAAUGAAACAAUUUCUUAAAGACACGGAUUUAAUUAUGGUGUGUUUUACUGUUUUCCAAAUUUUUAGAAAUGAAUAAUUUGUAGUUUAACUUACUGAUUUACUAAAUUCUUCAAAAGCAUUUUGUUAAC